CUUAUUGAAAUUUUUCGCUUAAUUCUCGUGAGUCAUGCAAAUUGCCUUUGUCGUGAAAUCUCCUGAGUUUGGGCUCCUUGAUGGCAAAUAAGAACAAUUUUUAUAGGGAAUUUUACACUAUAUAAACUAAAAAGUGCGAUUAACAGAAGCUAAAUGCAUGUUUACAGCCAGCUUGUGUGCAGAAAAAUCGAAAUUUCUAAACAUCAAUUUAAAAGAUAAAAAAAUUAAUUUAUAGGUUUCGGUUUCGUUUUCCAAACCGAAACUGAAACUGAAUAGGUAUAUAUAUGUGUACACAGCGCGAGAAAUAUAGAUGAAUGUGUCUGUGUAGACGUGAAAUAUACGAUAAACUUCGAAAAUGGAUCCUAAGAGAAAGGACAGCGAUCAAGCAGGUCAACGUAAAGUUAGAGGCCGUGGUCGAGGUCACAAACCUCAUCCUGCCAUACCUGUUGGAGGGAUACAAGAAUCACAACCAUCAGGAACAGAAGAUAGAAGACCAGUGACGAGUGAAGCAACAACAAAAAUUGUACCUGGUAGAGGUCGUGGUCGAGGUCACAAGCGUCAUCCUGCCUUACCAGUUAUAGGGUUACAAGAAUCAACAUCAACAGAAUAUGAAAAAUUAACGAUAAAAGAAGCAGCAGAAACUGCUUCUGGUGAAAGUAUACAAAGACGAUCUCUCACUUUAAACACAGAAAAUGUCAUUCAUUCUUCAGUCACCCAUGAGGAUAGAAAAGAAACUUCAGUCAGAGCUCUUCGUUCGGUAUUUCAAGAAGAACACGCUGUUGAUUUCCUGUCUACUGCAAUGAAAAGACUGGGUCUUGAACUAACUUUUAAUGGUUCUACAAGAUAUAAUUAUGCUAAACGGCCGGGGGUUGGCAUUAAGGGUAAAAAGAUAAAUUUAUUUGCAAAUUAUUUUCCAAUAGAUAUACCACAAGGAGAAUUAUUUCAUUACGACGUUCAGAUUGAGAAAGUUGUACCCGAAACAAGAAAAGAGGAUAAUAGUGAGGAAAAGGUUGUAUCAGUAAGGAAAAACGAGAGUAUUAAUGAAGGCAAGCCUGUCCAUAAAAAGUAUAGAUGCCAAAACACUAAAAUAAAUAGAAACGUUAUAGAAAAACUGAUUAGGGAUGAGGCUAUGUUUAGAAAUAGACGACCGGCUUUUGACGGUCGAAAAAACUUGUACACUCGAAAUCCGUUACCUAUAAAAGACACGAAAGUAUUUACUGUAAAGAUUGCAGACGAUUUCAAUCCCAAAAUAGAGGUAAGUUACGAAAUAAAAAUAAAACCUGCAGAGAGUAAAGAUACAGCGGAAAGAUCAGCCAAAAAUUCAAUUAGUUUGAAACCAUUACAUGAAGUGUUAGCUGGUAACAGAAGUGACAUAACAGAAAGUAUUAUUAUGGGAAUGAUGGCCAUAGAAACUAUACUAAGACACGGUCCUGCUCUGCGUUUAAUACCUGUUGGAAGAUCCUUUUUUGUAAAGCCUCAAAUGGGGGAGAUUCAUCCGUUGGGUGAAGGAAUGGAAAUUUGGUUUGGCUAUCAUCAAAGCAUUCAUCUAAGCAAAUGGAAACCCAUGCUGAACAUAGAUAAAUCGGCAACGACGUUCUAUAAAAGUUGUUCCGUUCUUAACUUUAUGUUUGAGACAUUAUUCCCAGAUAUUAGAAACGUUGAAUCCUUUGCAAGACAAUUGAGAGGACUCACUGAUGUUGAAAGGAAAAUUUUAAGAAAGAAAAUGAAGGAUAUGAAAAUUGUUGUAACUCAUUUGGGUUAUCCCCGAAAGUACAGAGUUCGAGACAUCACAAGGGACAAUGCUAACAACAUUAUUUUUAUGAGAAAGAUUAAUAAUACGGAAGCUCCUUGCUCGGUAUCAGAAUAUUUUUGUUCUGAAUAUGGAAGCCUAAAAUAUCCUAACUUACCUUGUUUGAAUGUGGGAAGAAAAGAAAAAGAUGUCUUCCUUCCGAUCGAAGUGUGCAAUAUUGUGGAAGGUCAACACUGUAACGAAAAAUUAUCCAAGAAUCAAACUUCAGAUAUGAUUCGAUACAUGGCACGUCCUCCCGCGGAAAGAUUUAAUGAUAUUAGAAAAUCAGUGAAUGACAUGAUGCGAGAUUUUCAACCAUUUUCAACAGAAUUUCACAUCAAUGUAAGCCUUAACAUGUUAAAGUGUACGGGCAGAGUGCUAGAUCCUCCAAAUAUAAUGUAUGACAAAAGUCAGAACAUUACACCUUUCAACGGAAGUCGGGCUAUGAAAUAUAAGAAAUUUCAUACAGGAGUAAAAAUUGAGAAAUGGAUGCUACUAAGUUUUUCUACCGAACCAUCCUGCAACCAAAAUACUUUAAAUAAUUUUGUGAGAUUGCUAAUGAACGGUGGAAGAAGUGUAGGAGUAGAUUUUGAACAACCUCUUGCUGUAAGACGUUUCACUUGUGAUAACCCAGGAAAUAUAAUUAGGAAAGCUAAAGAGAAGGAACCCGAAUUGCAAUUAGCAAUAAUAGUAUUACCAGCAGAAGAUAUCUAUUCUGAAGUAAAAACAGUUGCAGAAACAGAACUGGGACUUAUGACACAAUGUGUAAGAGAUGUAAACACCACAGGAAAAAAGUGUAACGCCCAGUUAAUAAAUAAUCUGUGUCAAAAAAUUAAUGCUAAAAUGGGUGGCAUUAACAACUCCUUAUCUAGAGAGGACAAACCUGCAAUUUUUAACAAACCUGUCAUGAUUGUAGGUAUCGAUUGUAAUCAUCCUGCUCCUAGUAGCGAAGUAAAAUACUCGAUCGCAGCAGUAGUAGGAAGUCUCGAUUCACAUCCUAGUAAAUACAAAGCUUCCAUUCGUGUUCAGCACAAAAAGCAGAAAAUAGAUGGACAAGAUUAUGGUCAAGACAUCGUAAUUGAACUGAAGGUCAUGAUGAAAGAAGUUUUGCUGGCAUUUUUCAAUAAAACCAACGGAAAAAAACCAGAAAAAAUUAUUGUCUUUAGAGACGGCGUUAGCGAAGGCGAAUUUCAGAAAGUGAUGGAUUACGAACUAAGAGAAAUUAGAAAGGCGUGUGAAGAAAUGGCACCUGGUGAGACCUACCGACCCCCCAUCACUUUCAUCAUAACGGGAAAACGUCAUCACACGCGUUUUCUUCCCGAAAAUCCGAGAGACGGUGUGGUCAGACCGGAAAACGUUCUUCCUGGUACUACAGUGGAUACGGAUGUUGUACAUCCCGUGUUUUACGAUUUCUUCUUAUGCAGUCAUUUUAGCAUACAGGGUACCAGUAGACCCGCUCAUUAUACUGUUCUAUGGGACGAUAACGAUUUCACGGCAGACGAGCUACAAGUAUUAACAUUCUACCUGUGCCAUAAUUAUGCCAGAUGCACCAGGAGCAUAUCUAUACCUUGUCCGGUUAUGUACGCCGAUCUGGUAGCAUACAGAGCGAAGCAAUAUCUCACUAACAAAACAGAAGGUACGUCUAGUUCUGGUAGUGGAGCGUCAGAACGUGAAGAAAUUAUUAUUGAAGAAUGUGUUAAAGAAGCCAUAAAAGUAGUUGAUAAAAUAGAAAAUAGAAUGUAUUUCGUAUAAUUCCUGAUAAAAAAAUUUGGUAUUUUAUGAUGAUAAAUGGAAUUACUAAAUUAUCACAUUAAUUACAGAAUAUGGAUUGAGCUAAAAUUAUGGCUUUACACUUAAGUGAUUCCAAUGGCUUGGGCUCUAUUAAAAUACCACAGCAUUUUCCAAAGUAUUAAUGAACUAGCAGAUAAGCCUAGUAUUGCUGGGGCAAAAAGUAUUGAUAGCGAAGAUGAUGGAAAUAAAUAUUACUCAUUUAAAAUUACUUAUUACAACAAUUUCUGAAGUUUAAAAACACCACUGAUGUAAUGGUUUCCCUUUAAUACAUCAUAAUAGUUAAUAAAUCUUGUUUGAAAUAAGUGCAGUGCAUCUUAUACUGUUAUUUCGUUAACAUCGGUUAGUAUUUUUACAAUAUGAUGUAACGAAUUAAAAACAUGUUACUUUAUUUCAAUAUUUCUGUACAUGAAAUUUCAUUUUAAUGAUUUAAAAUAAACUUGUCAGCUUUAAUUAAUUGAGUAAAAUAGGAACAUUACUUUUACGUACACAAAAACAAAUUACUCAGCAAACACAAAUAUAUAUAUUUUACUUUCCCGGCUGUUAUAACGGAGAAAAAGUUGACUAUUCAGUUGACACUGUAAAAGAUAGAACCUGCAACACGAAAUCCCAAGUUGGGAUCGGAUCUUCGAUAACUCAAGAAGCGGUUUUGUAGCUGUGUUGCAUUAUAAAUUUCACUGAGUUAGAAGCGUAAUCACUGCUACUGUAUUGUUAUUUUAUUAUAGAGUAACUAUGUUAUUAAGUGGUGUAACAUAUGCAAACUGAGAUACAUCUCAACUGAUGUAUUAUGUCAAUACAGUAGAAAUACACUAAUUGUAGUAACCCAAGUCGUGACUCGAUUGUGUCUUUAAAUAAUUGUAAAUAUUUGUAACGCUAGCCAUUUCUUUAUCUUGUAAUUUUAUUGUUGUUUUAAUAAACGCCGAUGAAAGCGCUCUGUGGUAUGUCCCAUGGCUUCUUUUCAAACUUUCCUAUCUUCCUUUGU